AUGCCCGGAGGAGUUGUCUUUCUCGUGUGCAUCCCCACGUUGUCUUACGAGCAUGAAUUGGUCUUCGGUAUACCCGUGAAGCUGACGAAAAAAAAUGAAAAAGUUAUCAAAAAAGGUACUAAAGUAGAUUUACGUUUAAAAGAAAUGAGAAAUAAAAAUCAACUUAUUACAAUUGGCGACGAUGAUGACGACGAUGAUGCCGGACAUCAAGAUCUUGGUGAAAUUGAUGAGGACGAGGCUUGCAAUGCUAUCAAAAGACCACGUCCAAGAGGGUUACAGUCUCCUGCUACGAGUCGUUCUAAUAAAAAUCCUGUUUUUGUUCCAAUGGAAACGGUAUUAGAUGAGUUAUUGAAGAAAUUGAAAGUUGAACACGUAGUUUGGUGUAAAGAUAAAGGUAACUUGUAUUACGAAGUUAUUUUUCCAGUUCCAGCAGGUGAUCCAUGCGAAAAUUGUCUUCAUUGUUUAACUGAGAUGGGUAUUGGUACUAGAAUGAAUUCCAUUGUAAGUGUAAUACCAACGCAAUGUACGUACAGCGCAUUGCGAGUUCCUGGAGCAUCUGCACUACCAAGCAGCAGCAUAACUGGUCCAGUAUCAAGAAGAAAAGACAUUGAAGAUCGCAGAAAUGCUUGGGAAGGUUUCGUUGAUUCUAUCAGAUCUAAAUUGACAGUUAAACAAGUCGUUGAUGGAGUCAGAAGUGGUGGCGAUCUGACAUUUGAUUACAUCCUUUUAGUCGUGACAGCAGAUUGUUUGGCAGCUCUUGGUCUUGUAGAAAAUAGCGCAACAAAUGUCGUUGCUGCUAUGCUCGUGUCGCCUCUUAUGGGACCAGUUAUGUCAUUGACAUUUGGAACAAUAAUUGCUGACAAAGAUCUAAUAUGCGUUGGUCUUAAGAGUUUACUUCUUGGAAUAUUUAUUUCAAUAUUAUUCGGUUUUAUAUUCGGAUUAAUUCUCGGUACUACGGAAAUGCCCUGGGGAUAUAAUGAUUGGCCGACUGAUGAAAUGAAAGGAAGAGGUAACUAUAGAUCUUUAUGGAUGGGGGUAUUAUGGGCUUUGCCGUCCGGAACAGGAGUCGCGGUGGCUCUUCUUCAAGGAAGUAAUGGUCCAUUAAUAGGAGUUGCUAUUUCAGCGUCUUUAUUACCCCCAGUUGUCAACUGCGGAUUGUUUUGGGCACUUGGAUGUAUCUGGUUAAUUUACCGCCCUAUCAAAAUGCCACACAUGAAAGGCGAAUCUUACACAGACUUAAACAGUUCAUAUAAGUACGUUUAUACAGAUUAUUUACCUGUUGAAUUUUUUUGCAACGGUAUCAUCAGCGCAUGUCUUACUUUUGUCAACGUCAUAUGUAUUUUCAUCACCGCGAUAAUUGUCCUGAAGAUAAAAGAAGUUGCUGCGCCUUAUACAUCAACACCCGAGUUGCGAAGAUUCUGGCAGCAUGACAUCCGACUGGUACGCGAUAAAAAUACAUCGAGAGGAACCAGCUCAAUGGAUUCAAGUUACUACGAAGGAUUGAGUAAAUCCAAGCAGAAAGUACUUGAACGGACACUAAAUGAAGCAGUCAGAGAAGCAAUGAAUGACGAGACCUUCCGUAAAAUCAAGAGGCUCAGCUACGGUCAACAUGGACCCAAUGACAUAACACCCCGGCUAGGUCUUGCUGGUAACAUCGGAUCAGUUGAACGAGCUGUUGAUGACAUAGGAAAAACCACGGAUGUGCUGGGUGCUGUCGGCGGGUCUCGUCCAUCAGACGGUCUGCCGUUGCCUGAAAGUACAAACGAGGAUUUAGCAGCACUCGAUCGACUGGUCACUUAUCUUCUUGGUCAGCCAAACGGCAACAUGGACAAUUGGCGAAGGUCACGACGAGCAAGUGCUCGAGGUUAUCGUCAACUUCGAUCGAACGUAAUGGAUAACUCUGGUGCACAUAAUAAUACACCUGGUACUAACACGACUCCUCUGUAA